GGCCUGCUGCCGUGUGUAUGCGCCAGGCGGUGUCCCCUGCCUCAAACCAAGACCAGCGCUUUGGCAGCGAGUUCGAAUCUCCUCCCCUCGAACAACAUUCGCCGUGCUGCGCUUCAGCCAACACGCCCGUGGUGCUUGCCAGCGAAGGGUUAAAAACCUGGGAGUGUACUUGGAAGCCAGGUUUGUUUACCAGCCAAGUUUCUCUCUGGCUCAACAGGUUGCCGCCGCCGCUGCCCCUGCUCUCCUCGGUGCCUGGAAUCUAGGCGCGGCUCUCUCCUCCCUGCGCGGAGAUUAAAAGGCGCCCAGCUCCUCAAAGCGGCCUCGCGCGCGCGCACCGGCCCAGUCCAAGGGAUCUUCUCCUCCUCUCCGCUUUUCCCACUCUUCUGCCCAACAUGGUUCGCUGCGGCUUGGCCUGCUGGAGGUGCCGGUGGCUCCUGCCCCUUCUCUUGGGCUUAGCUAUCAUCCUGGGCAUCAUCGCCUUGUCUGGCAGGGGGUGGCUCGAGUCCGCCGAACAGCCUUACGUGCGCAAAGCCUCUCUCUGGUCGGACUGCAUGAAAGCGAACGAAAAUGAUUUGAACUGGGAGUGCAGAUCCCUGAUGGAUUAUAGUGAGUAUCCGAAAUCGGGAGCAUGGGCUGGUUAUGGGCUUCACAGGGACUGGACCCAUCCACGCACAACCAGGCAUUAAAAUAACUGGGGAGGGGGAAAGGGGGCGGAAUCUAAAUCAUCAGUUCUGGCCUAAGUGGCUAAACUGGUGCCUGAAAAUGCACCGGUAAGAGGCCCAGGAUGCAUUGUACAAAGGUCACCUUUGCUAACGUUGCCUGCUGUUAAGGAAAUGCUAUUCGUAUCUGGGCCUUGUGAGAGUUGUGAGAAGCGUUGGCAUAUUUGUGGCUGUUAACUAAAACUAAAACUAUCCGAUCCCGGUAGAAGAAAGUUUGGGACUUGGCGAGCCUGGGAGGCAGAAUAGGACUGGGCUGGCAUUGAAUUAGGCAACAGGGAGAGGAAAGACUAAGAAAAACUGCUAGGACCUGCGGGAGAGGCAGGGAUAAGAAUUAAAAAAGCAACGCCUUGCAUGCUCUUAGAUUGCUCAGUUAACUGUUUUGAUGUGUAAUGAGAACUAGACUUCAACAAAAGAAGAGGGCAUUAUUCAAUUAUGCCAGUGACUUGUACGAUCAUUCUCUUCAUUUCAAAGGGCCUUGGAUGAGGCCACACCCUUCACCCUAUCAAAUGCUAUUUUCUUUAAUUUUGAGAAGACUUGUCCAGCGGCAUUGUUGCCUGCUUGUUUGAAGUGCACAAGAUGUCCGUUGUGUGACAGGGAUCCUCGCAUGGCAGCUUCUGAGUUGCUUGGUGGCUCGACCUGUUGGAAUAAUUUUGGAACGUGACUUUCCAUAUACAGGUUUACUUCUGCUCUAAAAUCAACACUUUCUCACAAAGUAGUAUAUUACUCUUUCAAAGCAUGUAAAAACGUUCAGAAUUUUUAUAUGUUGGCUGUGAACAUGCUAAUUAGUCUUGGAAAAAUAUAAAAUUUAGCAUUCAAGAAAGACAAGCUGCAUUCUGUCAGCAGAAUAGGCACACAUAGUAGGUAACAGUUAUUCCUUUGGGUAUAAUGCAGUAAAUGUCAGCCGUAUACAUAGGUCACUAUCCAAGUAUAUGUGUGAUUGACGGAGGCCCUAUGAGACUUUCUUCUUUGAAUGCCAGACUCUGCAGAGCUGUUUCUGAUUCUUCAAAUUGGGGGCAUAGAAGAAGUCAUGCAAGAAGUUCAGCUCUCACUGAACAAAAAGAACUAAAACAAAAUAAAUCCAGAUUUUGCAGUCUUUGUAAUACGUUAUUGCGGGGGGGGGGGGGUGUUGUAUGGUGCCCAGGAACUAAUAUAACGGUGAGCACAUGGAUUUUAGGAACGGAGAAACCUUAUUGCUACUUAGUGUGGCCCUUAAAAACAGGCUCCUUACACGAUUUUACCUUCCGCCCAUUGAAAAUGGCUGCUGUGGGAGAAGUGCAGGGGGAAGGUGUCAAUCCUUAUAAUGGCGUGAAAACAAGAAAUGGUCUCUUAGUUGUGUUACUGCUGCACUUCUCUUGAAGGGUGUGAAAGGGGGAAGAAUGCCAGGAAACUAGGUAAAAGGGAACUCCCCACGCCAGCAACAAAAAGGAUAUAACGACACUGGGGUGUUUUACAAGGCUGCCAUGACCCAUACUCUGAGCCAUACAAUUGCUCCCUGCAAAUAUGGGUAUAAUAAUGACGGACUUUUUCCUGCAUUGGCAGAUACAUUUUAAAUUGCUUUUAGUGGACAUUUUAAAAUGCUUUACAAAUUCAGUAGUGGGGUGUGGGGUGGAAAGCCCGUUUUAGAAAUCUCUUAUAUAGAAAGCUGAGUUAGAAAGAUCAUGAAUUGUCUUCACAAUUUGUUUUUGUGUAAGAACACUACUGCCAAGUCACAGCUAUCCUGGAUUUCUGAAUUGUUGUCUGAGGGGCACAUAUUCACCAGACAAGACAGAAAAUUUUUUAGCAAUGGACAUCAGGAAACAGAACUCCUUUUCAUGACUUCAUUCAUUGCUUAAAAACACUGAAAGGGUGCCCUCGCUUCAGACGUCAAGGAGAUAAAGAACUAUACAACUUUUAGAAGACACCUGAAGGCAGCCCUGUAUCAGGAAUUUUUUAAUGCUUGAUGCUUUAUUAUGUUUUAUAUAUUCUGUAAGCCACCUAGAGUGGCCGGGAAAACCCAGCCAGAUGGGCAGGGUAGUAAUAAUAAUAAUGGCCAUAAUCCCGCCUCCAUGUUUUUCAUCUUAUCUUGGGUUGUAGAAGGACUAGAGACUUUGUUUUUUAAAUUAACUCUGGAAUCAUUCACAGCAACUGCCUCCUUACUGACACUCAUGGGGAGUGGCAAGCCUGGCCCCACCCUAAACAUGUUCAGAUGAAGGUCAGAACUCUCCUUAGGGAUGUGCAAACUAUAUACUUGUUGGCUCUCUGUACACAGUUGACGGUUAUAGACAAGCAACCAUAUCAGUGCUAGAGAAGCAUAGAUAAGACCGCUCCUAUUGUGCUGUUUUGUUGCUAAGUUAAAAAUGGUCACAGCUGCACUUUGCCUUUCCCAUCUGCUCAAGCAGACUACUGCAGAUUUAAUUGCAGCAGCUUAUUUGUAUUAGAGCCUCGUUUAUUUUAAGUUGCAAGCUGUACCUAAACGUAUCUUGAGGCACUUUUUCACUCACGCUUAAAAAACUGUUCUGGGUUGGAACCUUUUAUAGGGAGCUUACAGUUUGAAUAUUAAAUAAGUUUUUUUAAAAUAAAAAUAAAUUUUUUGAUGAUGCUGGCUAAGUAUCAUCUUAACUUGCUUCUUUUCUAAAGAAAGACAUUUUUAGAGUCUUUCAUAUACAUUAUUAGAGGCAUGUGUGAAGAUGUCCAGCUGCUGUUAUGCUACAACCAGACUAGAUUUUCCCAUUCCUCCUGCCAUCCCAAUUUACCCUGGGCCCUCCAGAUUGGUGUUUUAUUGUGGGUGUGUUCUGCAACAUGUUCUUGGCAUGAUAGUAGCACAUUACUGGUAGAAUUGUUCUACUAUAGCUUGUUCUGUGAUGUGUCCCCACAAACUACCACAUUAUUGCUAUCCAGCGGGGCUAUAGUGUAACAAAAGUGAAACAAAAAUAAACCAGAAGAUUUGUGAUUUAAAAAGUUGCCAGAUUUAACCAAGAAGUUACAGUAUAUGCACUGACUAGAAAUGAAGCAGUGUAACCUUUACAGGCACAAAGAGUAUUGAAAGCGGAAUUGCAUGUGAUCCAGUUUUUACUCUUUAAAGUAGAUAGCCCCCAAAACACAACUUGCUAGCAAGGAUCACCCAUGUGGUUUGGAAGCUGAUAAUUUUUCAUAGGAAAUAUUAUGAUGCGUUGGCACCUUUCAACAGGUCAGGAAGGCGGAAGUAAAUGGUGAGAACUGGAAGAUAUUUCCAGUCUACUGUAACCUAGAGUAGACUGGAAAUAUCUUCCAUUUUCUAGGUAGGGAAAACUAUGGGGUGGGGAGCAGUUCCUACCAUGCAUAGUGAGAUGCUUAAAACAUGACAGGUAGCUGCUAUGAAAGUUAGGCUGUUGCGCCAGCCAGGUAGACUGGAUUUUUAGAGAGACUGGUAUGUAUUCUCAGGUCAUUUCCCUCAGCAUAUCUCUUAUGUACCGAAUGAGAACAUGUGUAGAUUUUUAGAAAUACUGCUUUCCAAAUAAGGGUGGUGUGCUUCAAAUUCAUUGGAACUGGAUGGGAGUCAAAUCUCUCUACUCAACUAAAAUUGACUUGUCAGAAUAAGCAAGUUAGUUUGUAAGAUUCCCACAAAAACCUGCUGCUUGCCAUUAUGUUUUCUUUGUUAAAAUAUGGCAAUGGACGCUGUGUGAAGCAGUCGCACAGAAUGAUGGUGGUGUGGGAGAUUUCUGGUUGAACUCCUUCUCUGCUUGUGCUUCUUCCCCACCCUUCCCAAGCAUAAAGAAGCUUAACUUCAAGAAAGAAUACUUGUUGAUACAAACCAUCCUUGGCUGCAGCUUCAUGAUCAAGCUUGUACUUGCUGGUUUUGAGUGUUGCAGAGGGUAUGGAAAAGAGCCACACCCUCCAUAUGAAGGGAUGGGAGGGAACCUCCGCUUGUAAUGAUUUCUAAAUUGCCAGCGUCUUAAUUCAGAUUUGUCUGAGAACCAAAUUAGACUUAACUUUGGAAUAAUGAAUCUCUUUCCCCAGGUUUUCUUUUUUUGUAAUGAAAACACAGCCCAAGGAAGCUUCUUGCAUGGAGUACAGAAAUGGGGAAGAAACCGGGCAAGUUUCUUCUCCUGUAUGGCUGUAUUUCCCCCUCAAAAUUAACUCCCAUCAAUAGAAAAUAUAUAUAUAGCUAUUGUUUCCCUUGCAGCUGGGCAGAGCAACUCUAAACUGUGGUUAAGCAUUAUGUCAACAAUAUUAAUCACAGUUAAUACUUAAGAGUACAGUGGUACCUUGGGUUAAGAACUUAAUUCAUUCUGGAGGUCCAUUCUUAACCUGAAACUGUUCUUAACCUGAGGUACCACUUUAGCUAAUGGGGCCUCCCGCGGCCACCGCCGCGCAAUUUCUGUUCUCAUCCUGAAGCAAAGUUCUUAACCCGAGGUACUGUUUCUGGGUUAGCGGAGUCUGUAACCUGAAGCGUCUGUAACCUGAGGUACCACUGUAUCCCCUCUUAACUAGUUUGGUUAGCAAACUAUGAUUAGGAAGGAGGAGAACCAUAAUGUUAACCGUGGUUAGCACUCGCCUAUUCAGGCACUAUACUCUUAUGUAAAUUCAGCACAUGAAGAGGAGCAGGGCUGAGAAAGCCCUCAGCACCCUUCAUCACCUGUGCCAGGUGGUCAUUUCUGUGGAGAUCUCUGCUGGGAGACGGCUUUCUCAUGUGCAGCUGAAGAUUCGGAGGCUUCCAUGCCACCCAUGUGACCACGAGUGUAUGUGAGGCACAGGCAGGGGAGUUUGUAGAUGACAUGAUGCGGCAUGGGGCAUUUCAGCACAGCCCCACUCCUGCCUGACGUACUGAGUUUCCAGUGAAGCAUGAUGCUGCCUGAAGAGGGUUAUUCAAGCCGAAGAAGGGUAGGGAAAAUGUACAGAGGCAAAGGCAUGUGAUCAUAUAAAAAUAAAUGACUGAGCCCUGAAUAGACAUAGAGAUUUUAGGAGUGGCUUGCUUUCUGGAAUGAUAAUAAUUAUGUCUAUUAUUACUGUUGCACCAUCACUGUAACAAUUAUGAUCAGGAUCAAAGUUUAACAAGCCCAACUGCUUGGGUGUUUUCAUAUUAGCUUUUCCAAUCUCCCCAGGACCACAAACUUACAGACACAGCAUUCGUAAUCAUUUGAGGUACAAAGAAGCUUUGUAAUUAAGAGUUUCCUGAAUUAUUGUGUGUGAAGCAUCUUUAUAGCUAUAAACUGUUCUAAUCAGUGGAUUCAUCGUAGACCUACAUAGCUGAACCUACCUUUGUCCUUCUUUUAUUUAUUAAAUAAUUACCUGUUACUAACCCUUGCGUCUGAUUUAAUUCUGAGACACAGGAGGAAGAAAACAGGAUUAUUUAAGGACUGCUCAAGCUGAUGGUCAUGGUUAAAGCACUGAAACUUGAGGCAAGCUGUGGGAUCAGUCACUUCCUCUCUCCAGCUCUUUUUAGUUUCUAUCUUUCUCUUCUAGAUUUAACAAUGGUUAAGGGUUAUAUCAUCCUUAGAGACAAUUUGGGACAAAUGCAAUUAAGCGGUAUGCCUUUAAAGAUGUUGUGUAAACAGGAAUGCGCAACACAAGCUAAGAUGUGCUCUCCUAUGCCAUCCUUAGAAGCCUAUUUUGACAGUAAGCAGUAUAUAGAUAACAAUAAUCCAUAUGUAAUAAUACACAUGGUUUAGCAUAAUAGGAGUGAGUACUGGGCUUGAAUACUACCUUUUCUUCCUCUGGCGCACCUUUGUGAGGGUUUUGGAAGCUUUCACUUCCAGUUUUGGCUAACUGCAGCUUGUUCUAAUAUCCAAACCUGGACAAACUGCAGUUAAUUUUAACUAUGGUUAGUGGAAACAAGCCAACUUCAAACCGUUGUUUAUGAAGUUGGCUUGUCCUUAUUAAAUGCAUGUCAGAUUAACAACACUUUAGGGUUCAGACAUAAUGCUAAACAGUGGUGUAGGCUGGGCAUUAUACAACCUUUUUGUGCCCUCUACAUUUAGAUAGGGUGCAUGUAGUGUUAGGGGAGAAGUAGUACCUCUGGCGGGGGUCUCUUUCUGGGGUAGUUUGUCCAUCUUUGGCCCCCCAACCUCACCUGUGGCUCCUAGAACCUGUCAGCUGUUUCCCAAUAUAUAAAAAUGUUAAGAGCAAACUUAGUGCUUCAGAUUGGUAAUUAAAGCACCUGGCUGAAUGAAAUCUGACAAGGGCCAAUUAACAGACUAGUCAUCAAUAAUUCUGGUGUCUAACUCAACAAGAAGCAAUAAAAGGACACAAUCCACGAGCAAGAAACUUCAAGUUACCUUGGAAGGAAUAUUUGGUAUGUUGGUACAGCACUUAACUUUAUCUGUGGAACUUGCUUCUAAAUACAUGGGCACAGAAUUGUACUUUUCAGUGCACACGAAGGUCUGUAUUAAAGCUUGCAGCUCUAAUUUAAGCAAGCUGCCGGAUCUAGUCUCAUUUCUGUCUCAUUAAAACUGAACAGCUUCAAAUCUGGGACUUUCAAUGCAGUUAAGGUUUUUUGGCUACCACAUUAUUACUGAAUCCAUGCAUUCCUUCUCUUAAUACCUUUUGAUAAAAUGAUAGAAUAUGUUAUUACCACUGGCCUCCAGAGUCAUGUAAAUCCAUUGUCUCACACUCUUAGGCUGUGUUCACAUUACCAGCUUAAAGCACAGCUAAGCCACCCUUUUUCUCAAUAUCUGGCUGUCUUAGACAGAGUAUAUGCAACACUGGAUGCACCUAGAUAGUUGAGCAGGGCCCAGAGAAGCAACAUAAUGUACGAUAAUGAUAUGAUGCUGAUGGAGGAUAAGGCUAUGAGUAAUUAUGACUGCGUGCUAUCUCUUUGAUCGGAGGCAGUGUGAUCAAAGUGAAUCUGAAUACCAGUUGCUGCAGGAGGGUGAUGGUGCAAGAGGGCUGUUGCCAUUAUGUCCUGCUUGUAGCCUUUCCAUAGGUUGGUCACUGUGAAGAAACAGGAUUCUGGGCUAUAUAUCAGUAUAGACAGGCAGCAACCAUUUUACAGGUGUCUGAUUGACGUGUCAUGCACACGCUCAUCGCUGCUGACCCUGAAGUGGCCUAAAAAUGGGGUGGGCUUUUGCAUCUGCUGCCAAUGCACAUGGAGGUCAGGAAUGGAACCCCCACACAAAAUGGUUGCUGCUUGUAUAUAAAUCCAACAGGAUUCAUGGCCUCCUCUAAAAAAAAUCAUGUGUGUUCUAUUCAUUGUUGUUACCUUGAAGCUGCAUUCAAAUUUUGCAAAAUGUGAAAUAUGUGCUCUGCAUGCAUCACUAAGCUCUAAAUUCAUGUGUGUGUGUGUGUGUAAUAUUCUGUAAUCAAUUCUGUAUCCAGGGCAGCUGUCUACCAACUCCACCUGGUAUGCAGGCUGAGACCCUACCUGCCCACGGACUGUCUCGCCAGAGUGGUGCAUGCUCUAGUUAUCUCCCGCUUGGACUACUGCAAUGCGCUCUACGUGGGGCUACCUUUGAAGGUGACUCGGAAACUACAACUAAUCCAGAAUGUGGUAGCUAGACUGGUGACUGGGGGCGGCCGCCGAGACCACAUAACACCGGUCUUGAAAGACCUACAUUGGCUCCCAGUACGUUUCCGAGCACAAUUCAAAGUGCUGGUGUUGACCUUUAAAGCCCUAAACGGCCUUGGCCCAGUAUACCUGAAGGAGCGUCUCCACCCCCAUCGUUCUGCCCGGAUGCUGAGGUCCAGCGCCGAGGGCCUUCUGGCGGUUCCCUCAUUGCAAGAAGCAAAGUUACAGGGAACCAGGCAGAGGGCCUUCUCGGUAGUGGCGCCCGCCCUGUGGAAUGCCCUCCCAUCAGAUGUCAAAGCGAUAAAUAACUACCUGACAUUUAGAAGACAUCUUAAGGCAGCCCUGUUCAGGGAAGUUUUUAAUCUGUGAUAUUUUACUGUAUUUUUGGUUUCUAUGGAAGCCGCCCAGAGUGGCUGGGGAAACCCAGCCAGAUGGGCGGGGUACAAAUAAUAAAUUAUUAUUAUUAUUAUUAUUAUUAUUAUUAUACCCUCUCUUUUUCUCCCCUUAUUUUAAAUCAUAGGUUGGGGAAGAGCUUCUGCUGCUACAUAUCUUGUUGGCUUUGUCAUCCUCUGCAUCUGUUUCUGCCUAGCAGUCAUAGCCUUUUCCAUUGAUAUUCUACGGUUCAACUUUGUUCGAGGCAUUGGAGGUUUGCUCUUCGUCGUUGGUAAGACUGCAGCUAAGAGAAACUGCUUUUAAACAAUGGGCUUACACUGAAUACAAUGUGACUUUCCUUAGAUUUGUUUUCCAGAAUCUUUUUGGUCCUAGAGAAAACUUUGUUUUCGUUUCAAAAACUAAUCAGUAAUGACUAUGCUUGUGUUAGUCAAGAAGUAAUCAAGGUUGUAAUAUUUAGGGAUGCAUAUCUGAGAUUUGUAACAGCACACACACACACACACACACACACACACACACACACACACACACACACACACACACACACAUACACACAUUUUAAGGCACCGAACUCCCACCAACAUUUAUGUUAAUUUUGACUUACCACCUCUGUUAGUCUCAGAUUCUGACCUAUAGAGCUUCUCUGUAUGAGAGCCAUUUUCCAUGUUGGGGGAAAUAGGGACUACUUUCCCCUGCACCAAACCCAUCUUGACCAACCGCCAAUAAAGACUGUGAACAACUGCUACACAGGUACAUAAUGCUACAGUUUCUGUGAUUUCUGCAAUUGCAGAAGUAGCAGCAGAGAUAAUUUUUGUAACUUGUUUUCACUGCAGAUUCACACGCUUCCUAGGACUAGUUACAGAAAAGGCAUCUGCCUGGAAAACAUAGUGGCUGCUUUAACUAAAUACCUUGGAUGCAAAUGUUUAACUGUGCUUACUUGAAACUGAAAGUAAAAGUUUCUGAUCUUUGGCCUGGAGGAGCAAGCAGGAGGGUGAAUAGAUAAACCCCAGGCUCAUGCAUGUGUUAAUAAACCAUUGCUUACUGUUACAGCCAAACUAGACCAUUAUGUACUUUAGCAGUCAAAUGUCAUUGUUUCUAGGAACUAAAUUAUCUUGAUUUUCAGUGGCAGAUAUGUCUUAUAUGUGUUUUAAGGUAUUAGUGUUGAGGUGACUCAAGACAUGCGUGUUCACAGGGUGACUUGCAUGCCAGGCUGAAGGACACAGGUCCUGCUUUAGGAACUCUCGCUAUGCGAAAUUCACUUAUCUGAACACAAGGAAUUAGUACCCAAACCUUGCUAUGUGCAACAUUCCUAGGGUCAGGAGUGUAUUAGAAAUUUCCCCAUAGUAAUCAAUGAACAUUGUUGACUCGCUAUGCGAAUGAGAAUCAUGGACACAUUAUAUGAAUGCUUGCCUAACAAACAAUUUUCAGGGAAUGCAUUGUGUUCCUAAAGCAGGAAAUGCAUGUACAUCACAUGACAUUGCUUGAGAUGCAGCACCCUCAAGUGGAGGCAGCUGACACAUUUUCCUGAUUUUGUACACCCCCAUCAUUCCUUCUUCCUUUUUAUACUGCAACAUACAGGGUUUUUGUGUGUGGAUAAAUUCCCAGUUAUGUGAAGAAUUUCCACGACUGCUAGGAACUUCAGGCACUACUGUGGAAACUUAUUGACACUGCAAACCCAUACCAGUUCCUAGUAUCCUAGAAAGAAUCCUGGGAACUAUAGUAUUGAGGUGCUAAGAAUGCUCUGUUACAGAACCCAAACUAUUUCCCAGUUUCUCUUAGAAGGGGGAAUGACUGUUUAAAACCACUUUGAGUCUGUGGUGUUGAUAAGCUAAUUGUGUCCAGUUUGCAAGGCAAGUACUGAGUUGAACAUUCUUUAUUUCAUCUGCUCAGAAAUAACACAUAGUUAAUGAUUCUGGAACGCCCAGCGUGAGGGUGCUGCAACCAGUCUGUAAUUGUAGGAGUAACUGAUGAAACAUUUAACAAGAAUACAGUUAGCUUCAUAUAAGUUUCUCAGGACAAAAGGUUAUUAAUUUAACUCCUAAUUUGUUUUUCUUCGCUUUUUUUCCAUUCAGCUGCUUUCCAAAUUAUAGGCCUGGUCAUCUAUCCAGUGAUGUUUGUGGAGGACAUUCCAUUGACAGGAAGCAACAUGUUCAGCUGGGCUUAUGGCUUUGGCUGGGCAAGCACUGUGAUUGCGAUAGGCUGUGCCUUCUUUUUCUGCUGCCUCCCCAACUGGGAAGAUGAAGUCCUGGGCAACAUCAAACCCUACCCCAUCUACAGCAGUGGCGAACGUGUUUGAUAUGGAGUUAGUAGAAAAGAUCGCUUUCAGUAAAGAAAACUAUAUCGUUUCUGGCUUGUGGGAAAGAGCAUGCUUAUAUUGCCCUGUUUUCAUUUGACAUAGAAUUCCUAGCUUUGUUCUAAUAAUUAAGCCAAAUUUCACAGUUCGUUUUUAGUCUUGUAUCCAUUUUCAGAUCUGGCAGCUGCUGUUUUUACAAGGAAGACAGAAUAAAUUGUAUUUUGAUGGUUAAUACAAGUUUCCUUUUAAUAACCUCAAAAGAAAGUAAGAUGUGUCUCCGUGUGGCUUGUUUCUAUGUUUUGAUAUUUUACUGAGUAAAUUCCUUUUACACUUUAAGACCAGCACAACCCUUAGAGUCUAGGUUUGCGGGAUCCUUAUCCAGUAAUGUCAGUCUGAUGUGAAUUUUAGAAAAAACUAAAAGCAGUUGCAGCAAGAUAGUGUCUAUGAGAAUGCUUUGGAAAAGUGCAGAAUAAAUAUUUAUACAUUUUGCACACAAUCUUUUAAGCUAAGCAAACAUAAUAUUUUGUAUGUUUUACAUUUUUCAGUUGUGAAUUGAGGGUGGAAGAAAGCUUUAGAGCUGCAUUUCUAUCACAACCCCCAGUAUCUGAUAUAAUUUUAUCCUUGCUAAAUGGACCUCCCUGUAAACAUUUUUAUACGAGUUUUGAAAUCCCAUUUUUGAUACAAAUAAAUUGCAAAAAGUAACGUGCUGUAGCAGAAGUAAUGGUAGUAAUGGUAGUCCCUAGGGCAGAAAAAUCACAAGAGGGAUACCAUAUCCAUGAAAUGAGAACUGUAGCUUUCCCAGAGAUGUCUAAAAGCUGGUUACAAAACUAGCCGUAAUCAUAUGAUAUGAGAUAAGAUGGGCAAUUAUCAAGCAGUGAGAUAGUAUAUUGCAGGUUUUUAAAUCUAUGGCGAUGCUCCUCCAUAGUCGAUCACAUCUAGGAGAGUUAAGCAUGUGCUUAGCAGUGCAAUCCUAUAACUCUUUACUCUGAAGUAAGCCCAUUGAGUUACUGACAAUAGAAUUGCAACCUGGGGUUCCCAAACUAAAAUUAGUGGGACUUAAAAGUGUUUAAAUUUGGGUUCUGUAACUUGGAUGAUGACAAAUAUUUUUCAAAGUGUCCAGAUGUUAAAUGCUAUAUGCAGUGAUGGACAGGAUUAAAGUGGUACUAUUUUGAACACAAUAUUUUUUUUAAAAGGUUAUUAUGACUGGAAACCUUGAUUGGAAUAUGUGUAUACUUUCAUAUACUUAAAAUAUUUUGUAAAUGUAUAAAACCUAUGUUUAUCAUGAUAGUCAUCAUGAUUUAAAGUAUAUUACUAAGAAGAGUUUGGAAGAUCAAAUAUCAGUUUUAUACCUUUUUACAGGGGUUUUUGUAUUUGCAGAAAUGUUGUAUAUUGUGAUUUAUAACUUCAGACAUGGCUGUUUGAUGUAUUUUAUAAUUCUCAUUGUCCAAACGAAUCCAUCCACUGUUGAAUAAUUUGCUUAAUAAAGGUGGUAAAGCAAAAUAAGUUCUCAAGAAAAAACUAAUGCACUCUGAAAUGUGAUUGCUGCCUCACUGUACGUAUAUUAAAUCACAAAACAUAGCAACACACAACCAAAGAAUACAAAAGUUUCUUUAAAAGUUUGGAAUAUUUGCUGUUUUUUAAAUAAAUGGUUGUACUUAUUGUCAAACUUUGCAAAACAUCUAAAUAGACAAAAAAUGAGUGGGUUUUGUUUUUUUUAAGUGAGAAAGCUUAAGGAAGGUAAGACUCAGCAUGACUGUUACCAUUUGACUGUUCACAUAAUAUCUUUUUUGAGUAACUCAUGCAGACGUCUGUCAACAUUGAGCUGUAUUCAGUGCUCUGCAUGCUUAGUUCUGCUGGCUCCUUCCCCUGUGCAUUCCCAAAAUCUUUUCUGGAGUGUUCUCUUCUGGAGGGGACAGAGGAGGAAAUUCCAUUCCAUUACAGAAGUAUGUUGCAGCAGUGGAACUGCAGCAUUGGAUACUGCUUGUCACUUUUAAGAACUUACACAGUUCUUAAAAGUGGAAUUUGAUAGGUGAUGACAAAGAAUGGCUCCUUUUAAUUUCCGCCUGGUUCCGCCCAUGGCAAGUCAGCAGUUUGCUUUCACCUUCAAAGGCCAAACCCAUCUUUUGGUACAAUCUUUCUCAACCUGGUGCCUUCUGGAUGUUGUGGACUCCCAACUCCCAUAAUUCCUGACCCUUGGCCAUGCUGGCGGGUGCUGAGGGGGGGUUACAGUCCAAGAGCAUCUGGAGGAUUGGUCAAGAACACGACAUUUCCUUGAGUAUGGUUAGCAAAGGUAUCUCCAAAGAUAAAUCCAGGCUGAUAAUCAGUCAUGGGUGUUCAUGCACAUAGUAGUGGCAUUAUGUCACCAGUUGAAAUGGCGUUUAAGCAUGCCAUGGGGUUAUCUCCUCCUCAGGCACAUACAUAAAUGGAUGUUUUGAGUCAGCUCUUGAAACGCUGGUCCUUUUCAGUAGAGGAUUUACAUUUGCAUGCCUUGGAAGUUGUGCUGAAGUUGUUUGAUAAAAUCGUAUCUGGAGCACCUCCUAACAUGAUCAAUGAAAUGAAGAGGGAGUUUAGUAUUAGUGCACGCCUUACACUUGCAAACUCUUUUGUUGUUUUUAAUUAUAAGACUUAAACAGGACAUGUAGCUUUUAUUAAGUAGAGUCAGCCUUCCAUUUGCCAUGGGAUAGCAAGAUUUAAAUAACUCCUUUUUGUACCCCUCAGUUGCUACAGCAGUUAUUGUCCUGUUUUUUUAUGGAGCCCAGUCUUCAUGCCCUACAAUCUACCCUCAGUAGGAACAAAUGUUUUAAAUUCAACAAAAUGUGUCCUAAAUCUGUAGGGGGUGGGAUGAUUUUGGUUUGUAUAGACUAGGGAUAUUUUUAGGACACAUAAUUUGUUAUUUUGCUUAAUGGCUUAUGUUCAGAUGUUUUAGAGUAGUAAGUCUGUUUUUAAUAAUUGCUUGUACUAAAUGAUCAGGCUUUCGUAUCAUACGGACUUCAGUUGAAUAAACAGUUUUGAUAAAU